AUGUCUCAACUCUAAAUAUUUAACUUGAAACUUCAAAAUGAAACUAAAUCUACUAUUCAAAAAUCCAUUCUAAAAAAUCCAUAAUAGUGUUCAAAUCAAAGUAAAAUUAGAUUGGAUUGGGCUGGUAAUUAAAUAAUAAAAGGAGGACUACAUAAAAUAGUUUUCUUAAACCAAAUUGAUACUGCUCGAACAUUUAUUGAUUUAUUAUCAAAUGAUAUUACAGAUUCAUUAAUUGAAGAUGUUCAUUAAGAAUAAAAAAACUUUAAUUAGAUAUAAGCAAACAACACUAUAAAAAAUCAGUGUGAGCAAAGUUAAUAAUCUAACUGUUGUUUUAUUUAAUGA